UGGGUUGCCCCGCACCCUCAAUCUGACAUAUCUGGACAAUGCUGAGAGGGGAGGCGGGGACUGGAUGAAGUUUCACAACUGGGUGUGGAGCAGGCUAGGAUAAAAGGCCCAGCUGGAGUCUGCCGUGGGGUAGAAGACAGUCAGACAGGGACCAUGGAGCUCAGUGUCCUCCUCUUCGUUGCAGUCCUCACGGGCUUCAUUCUACUCCUGGUCAAGGGCCGUCCAAAGGCCCGUGGCCACCUCCCGCCAGGUCCCCAUCCUCUGCCCUUCUUGGGGAACAUUCUGCAGAUGGACAGGAGAGGCCUACUCAGGUCCUUCCUGAAGCUCCGAGAGAAAUACGGGGAUGUCUUCACGGUAUACCUGGGAAGGAGGCCCGCGGUCAUGCUGUGCGGGAUAGAGGCCAUAAAGGAGGCCCUGGUGGACCAGGCUGAGGACUUCUCUGGCCGGGGCAAAGUCGCCAUGGUGGAGCCAGUCUUCCAGCAAUAUGGCGUGAUCUUUUCCAACGGGAACCGCUGGAAGACCCUCCGGCGGUUUUCUCUGGCCACCAUGAGGGACUUCGGGAUGGGGAAGCGGAGCGUGGAGGAGCGGAUUCAGGAGGAGGCUCAGUGCCUGGUGGAGGAGCUGCGGAAAUCCAAGGGAGCCCUCCUGGACCCCACCUUCCUCCUCCAGUGCAUCACUGCCAACAUCAUCUGCUCCAUUGUGUUUGGAAAACGCUUCCACUACCAAGAUGAAGAAUUUCUGAAGCUGCUGGACCUGUUCUACCAGUCUUUCGCACUGGUCAGCUCUCUAUCUGGCCAGCUGUUUGAGCUCUUCUCUGACUUCUUGAAGUUCUUUCCCGGCACGCACAGGCAGGUCUGCAAAAACCUGCGGGAAAUCAGUGCCUUCAUUGCCCGCAGUGUGGAAGAGCACCGGGAAACCCUGGACCCCAGUGCCCCCCGGGACCUCAUAGAUGCCUACCUGCUGCGCAUGGAAAAAGAGAAAUCCAACCCACACAGUGAGUUCAGUGAGAACAACCUCAUCUUCAACACGCUCUCGCUCUUUUUUGCUGGCACUGAGACCACCAGCACCACCCUGCGCUACGGCUUCCUGCUCAUGCUCAAACACCCUCAUGUCACAGAGAGAGUCCACAGGGAAAUUGAGCAGGUGGUUGGCGCACAUCGUCCUCCAGCCCUCGACGACCGGGUCAAAAUGCCGUACACGGACGCCGUCAUCCACGAGAUUCAGAGAUUCGCAGACCUCAUCCCCCUUGGUUUGCCCCACAUUGUCACCAAAGACACCCACUUCCGAGGAUACAUCAUCCCCAAGGACACCGAAGUAUUUCCCAUCCUGAACUCUGCUCUCCGUGACCCACGCUACUUUGAAACACCAGAGGCCUUCAACCCUGACCACUUCCUGGAUGCCAAUGGGGCACUGAAGAAGAAUGAAGCUUUUAUUCCCUUUUCCUUAGGGAAGCGCAUCUGUCUUGGUGAAGGCAUCGCCAGGAACGAGUUGUUCCUGUUCUUCACCACCAUCCUCCAGAACUUCUCCCUGGCCAGUCCCGUGGCACCUGAGGACAUGGACCUCACGCCGCAGGAGAGUGGUCUGGGCAAAGUAGCCCCAACAUACCAGAUCCGCUUCCUGCCUCGUUGAAAGGCCCGAGGGAAAGGGGGAAAGGAUUCCAGGGUCACUAAGUGUCCCCACCUCCGAAGACGAUGGCCCCCGACUCCCUGCACAACUGCCUUCCUCCGAGAGACCUGCUGCAAGCCCGAGCCCUUCCCCCACGCACAGCGUCUGGCUCUAGAACCCAAACUCUCCAUCACAGCUCCCUCUUUCUCAUAUGUAUAUUUUUAAAUUAAGAGAAAAUCGACAUAAGAUAAAAUUAACCACUUACACUGUGAGAGGUAGUGGCAAUGUUCAUUCACCAUGCUGUAGUUCCAAACAUUUUGAGCAUCCUCCCUAGGUGAAAAAACUACAACCCAGACCUAUUAGGCUGUCAUGCCCCUUUACUAUUCCCUGCUUGCCCCUGGAAAACUCCAAUCUGCUUUCUGUUUCUGUGGACUUACCUAUUCUGGGUAUUUCCUAUAAAUGCAAUCAUACAGUACGUG